AUUUGGAACAGCAGCAUCAUGAUUCUGGAAUUAAGUUAAAAUUUUUAAUAGAGAAAAUAUAAACUAACAAGAGAAACAACAGAAAUGAGAUGACUCAUCCCCAACUCCUGGUCAUUGCACCUUCCAGGGAAUUCUGCUCCUGCUGAUGCUAUGCUGGGACUGUGGCCUGCUCUGUCCAUGUGUUGAGGUCCUUGAGGAGCUCCUUAUCUCCUGCCUACAGCUUUUCCAGCUGCUCCAAGCUCUUUCAAGCUAUUCCUGCUGAAAGUGCAUGAUGACUUCACUGCACUAGGGCUCCAGCCAGCUCUGUCUCCAGCACUUGUAGGGCAAGCCAUAUUCAGAAAUUGGGGGUGCUUGAGACAGCCUACUGACUCUAGCGUGUGGGUGAGACUGGGGAAGAUGAACCAACACAGCAGUUGUUGUCCUGCCAGUCUGACUUUAUGAAGGUUGCUGCUGUGCUGCCCAUUUCAAAUAAUUAAAUGUGCUAUGAAUGUGGUGCUUGGAAAGCUUCAGAAUUGCACUCACUGACUCCUCUACUAACUCCUUCUCUGCUAUAUUAUUUUGUUUGGCAGAAGCCAAGCAGUAAUAUUCUGAACCUGAAGGUGCUCCCAACACUUUUCUUUAACAGUUUGAUCCCUAGGGAUCCAGUCCCCCUCCUGCAAGAUGGUUAAUUGAUUUGACUCCAGGAUUUAAUAUGUACUCCCACUUCAGUCUGGCACAAGUCCUUCUGCCAUAUCUGUGCCUUUUGUACCUCCAUACUACUGCCCCACCAAACCCCUUUCUCCCUUCUGUUCUAUGUCUGAGUGUGCUGGUUCCUUAGACUCCCAGGAUUUGUGCAGAAGCACACAAAUAAUCCCACUAUCUUAAUUUGCUUGUAGCCUGAUGGCAACAUUUCUCAAAAGUUUGUCCAGAGAGCCCCUGCUGCUGCUGGCCAGCUGGCCACCCUGCACUUCAUAUGUGGCUGUCAGCCUCCCUUGUGUCACCAAAAGGGCUGCCAACCAACCUCUGAUCUCACCGAGUGUAUCAAGAUAAGAUAAGGAAAAGACCUGGUUUCAAGGUAUUUAGACCACAUUACUAUUUAUUUUUCUCAUGUGGCACCUUCCCAAGCGGCAGGAGAGCUUCCCAGUUUUUCAGUGAAACCACUGUUGUAAAUGUAAAUCCAUGGGCACGAAGCAUGGCUGUGUGGGUAUUAGUUGCUUGCCUGCAUGCAUCAGACACAACUCAGCAUCCUGUGCAGGAACAGGGGUGUUCCUUCUCACUAUCCACUUGAUCCUGUCAGACAGGGAUGCCCCAUGACAGGUUCACCACGUGGGCAAGGUGCAUCAGCAAAUGUGUCAGUGGGAGCUGCCUCAGCUCCUCAGCUUGCUGACCAUCCAAGCUGUCUUACUUCAAACCAGCUGAACUACUUGUGCUACCUUGAUUUGCCAUAAGGCUGCCUUUGAUGGACAGGAGCACCUGAAAAUUCCCAAUCUCGCCUCAAAACAGCCAAAAGCCCUCCCCAUCUUUCUUUGGUAAAACAAGGCAGGCUUGGCUUUUGAUCAUCAAAGUUUUCCUCUUUGGAAAGAGGAGGAGCCGUCUAGCCACAUAGCCACAGGUUCAUUGAUUCCCUACCCAGCAGGAAUGUUUGCUUGGGCACAGCCGCGCCGCACCUCUGAUGACUGUAACAGGCAGCACUCACUCUUUUGAUAUACUAUCAGCUGGGUUUAUCAGAGUAUCAACACAACGUCCCCACUUCAGGACUCAUCUCUGCUGGCCAGGUCUCCCUGCAGAGUGGGCAGGAGCUGCAUGGGAGUUGAGCUCACAUCUUAUUUCGAGGAAUCUUAAAAGCAGGUUUUAAGCUACUUAUUUACUUUUUUGGUCUGUGCAGGAAGUCUGAGCUAAAAAAAUAAAUAAAUAAAAGACAGAAGUAUAAUUACUCUGGCACGCCUGCAUUCCUGCUCCAGGCUCAGGCAGGGAGGGACUCUUUCUUGUCAGAGCCAGGAAGAGGAUCUGAUCCCUGGAGAUCAUUGCCGCAAACGUGUGUAACUGAAACCUGCAGCCAUGCUGAAACAGAUAUUAUCGGACAUGUACAUCGAUCCUGACCUGCUGGCAGAACUCAGCGAGGAGCAGAAGCAGAUCCUCUUUUUCAAGAUGAGGCAGGAACAGAUAAGACGGUGGGAGGAAAGAGAAGCUGCUGAGGACAAGGCUACAGCAAAGAGGCCACUGCCGAGAAAAGCCAGCAGGAAGAUGGUGACUUGGAAGCUUGGUGCUGACAAUGAUGUCUGGGUCUGGGUGAUGGGCGAACAUCCUUCAGACAAACCAUAUGAAGCCAUCUGUGAAGAGAUCCAGGCACAAAGGGCAAAGCAGUUAGUGAGAGAGCAAGGCAAGGAGGACAGAGAGAAUGAAUCUUCCGUAACAUGGCCUCUGCAUCCACAACCAGGAGUCCUGAGUGAGAAGAAUCUUCAAAGAAAUAAAAAAAGCACUGUGGAGGAAAAGAAGGAGUAUGGGAGAAACACUGCUGCUGCUACAACAGGGAAAAACCAGGAGCUCACAAAGAGGGAAACCAGAGAUGUUCAUCAGAUGCUGGCAGACUGCCACAUGAGGAAGCAUGGCUUCCAACAGAUGAAGGAAGCACAGAGGAGAAAUUCAGAAGAGACCACAGCCACCCAGGAUGCAAUACCACAGAACCAUCCCAGCUUGGAGAGCCAGAGGACUCUGCAGAAAUCAGAUGAGAAUGAGCCUGAAUGGCAGGAAUCCUUGCGGAAAUCCAGGGCAGCAGAUGAGAAAAGACGCUCCCUUGCACAGCAAGCUAGGGAUGACUACAGGAGGCUUUCACUGCAGGGCAUCCACAGAGGGAAGCAGGCAGAUAUUUCCAAGGGUGCCACAGCAAGAGAUCGGCGACCACUCCAAUAUCCACCUCUUCCCCCCAAGCCUAAACUUCUACCUCCUGCAAUGGCAAAUGGGAGAGUGAUUAGAAAAGAGGGGAUCCGGAGGACAAUCUCCAAUUCCACUGAAGAAAGCAUCAUCAAGUGGUUCAAGGAUGAGCAAUUCCCUCUCCGAGCUGGCUAUCAGAAAACCACAGACAGGAUAGCUCCUUGGUUCCAUGGUAUCCUGACCUCUAAGAAAGCAGAGGAGCUUCUGAAUAAAACAGUACCGGGGAGUUUUCUGGUCCGGGUCAGUGAGAAAAUCAAAGGCUACGUGCUCUCCUAUCGAUCUGAAGAAAAGUGUAAACACUUCCUCAUUGAUGCCUCCAGUGAUUCUUACAGCUUCCUUGGAGUGGACCAGCUACAACAUGCAACGUUGGCUGACCUUGUAGACUACCAUAAGGAAGAACCCAUUACUUCCUUGGGGAAGGAGCUGUUGCUUUACCCAUGUGGCCAAGAAGACCAAGAACCAGAUUACAUCUGUCUCUUUGAGUGAACCUCCUGGCCUCACCAUGCAGCCCCACAGGUUUUUUCACAGACUGAGCUUUGAACAAGAGCUGCUGAUGCUUACCUGCAGUGCUUGCCAUAAGUGCCUUUAUUUUAUAUCCUUCACAACAAGGCAGUGGGUGGACAAGUGCUGUUGUGGGCUUAUCAUAUCAAUGGAGUUAAAGGAUGCAUCACCCAGCAAGCUGCAAAGGACCUGGAUGUGUCCUGCCAAUGAAUGAGGCAAUGAAGUAAUCAGUUGAACAGAUACUGCCACAUAUUUUCAGUGCGUUUUUGCAGAUUUUCUCGAGGCCUUCGGUAUUCGAGCUGCCUUCUGUUCUUGAAUGCAAGGUUGUGUGCCAUGUGGGAAAUAGAUCAGUAUCUACAGUUGAAUGAGAUCAUACCUUCCUGAAGGCACAGAACAACUUGGGAGGUGAAUUGGUCUUGAUACAGUAAUUUGCAUAAUGUGAAGCUUAAUCCUGUAAAAAGCUGUGCCCUUGGAACCAAGGAUGUUCAAGCCAAACAUCCAAGCAAAACCUCGGUGCUUUUCAGUGAAAGGUGUUAUCCAUGAAGAGGGAUUUCCAUGAAACGUGCAUUUUAAAAACUCCUUUAGCCUCUGAAUGUAGAUCCUCACUCAUUUAAAAUGUAUUUAAAUCCCACAUGGACUUUCGGCAUAGAGAAGGAUUAACCUUUUGAAAUGGAAAGAACAGGGAUACAGGAAUUUGUGUGAAAGACUACCACAUGCACAGAGACUAAAAAAUGUAAGAAGCAGAGCCUCUAUCAGUAUUAACACAGUCUACAGAAGAGUGUUUGCCAGUAAAGAACACUGUUUUCCAAAAUUGAGCUAUUUAUUGCAAGUUAUUUCCAGAUUACUGAGAUGCAUCUGCUGUAAACUUUAACAAACAACUUGUUAUUUCAUUGUAAUUUUCUCUCUUCAUAUCCGUUACAUUGCUUUUUAAAUACAUAAUUGAGAAUGUUGGGGGAGAGGCUUGACGGAAUCAUGGAACAAAUUAAUCCUCAUCCAUAUUCCCUCAUCUUGUUGCCUGUGACAAACUGUGCAGCUGAGGGUUGUGAUGUGAAUCUGCUGACAUCAUUUUUUAGAGAUGCGAUCCUCAAAUAGUGAACAAGAUACAAACUUGUUUCAGUUGUUUACCUGUUUCUUUUUUUCUGUUGGGCUACAGUGCCUAACUUCAGGAAGCAGUCAAAAAUUUCACUCUUAUAUUGAUCUGCAUUUUGGAGAAUACAGACUAAAAGAAAUAGUUGUAA